UAAGGUUCAUUUCCGGCGCAUGCUUCUAACGUAGGCGGAAGUAAACAAAAGCGUGUAGUGUUUGUUCGUCUUGAGUUCUUCAUGUGCAAUAAUAAUAAUAAUAAAAAUAAUAUUUCAGCUGAGUCAAUUUUUUACACGUCUGUAAUUCAGACAUGAACGGCCAAGCCGAGUUAGAUGUGGAUUACAAGCGGAAAUACAAAAACCUAAAGCGAAAAUUAAAAUUCUUGGUGUAUGAGCAAGAAUGUUUUCAAGAGGAGCUGAGAAGAGCACAGAGAAAGCUUCUGAAGGUCUCCAGAGAUAAAAGUUUCUUGCUGGACAGAUUGUUACAGUAUGAGCGGGUGGAUGAGGACUCGUCUGACUCGGAUGCCACAGCCUCCUCAGACAGCGAGGGAGAGGCUCCAAGAGAAAGGGAAAGGGAACCAGGAAAGAAGAGGAGAAGUCCCGGAGGUCCGUCCCUCGCUUCAUCCUCGUCCCCCCAGCUUUCUCUCCUCUCUCGCCCCGGAGCGAACGCUCUCCAGUCUUCAGCACCCACUCAGUAUCUCAACGCGUUACCCUUCCCUCCUGACUAUUUGGCUCCCUCUGCUGAGCGAGUGAGGAAAGAGAGAAAACCAAAACCACCAAAACAGAGAAAAGAGUCUGCAGGAAAGGUGGUAUCUCCAUUAGCAUCUAACUACCCAACAGGCAGUGCUCCGGGCGCGGGUUCGUCCGGGCCGUUCAGCUGGGUCCCGCGGCAGAUGCUGAGCGGAGACGCCGCAGAGGAGGAAGGAGAGAGUGAGGGAGAAAGCGAUGGAGGAGAGGAGGAGAGAGGAGAGGGAGAGGAAGCAGAACUGGUCAUUGACAUUCCUAAUGAGUGAAGGUGAAAUGGACAAAGACUCUAGUGUUUGUUUAGCAUCAGUGAAGGGAAACCUCAAGGAAACGCCAUUUAUCCAGUUGUGUUUUUGCUAUAAUUAUGCUACAAUUGUCUCUUCUCCACCAUUUUUACAUUUUAAUAGCAACAAUCUAACAAUUAAAGCUACAGUGUAUAGGAUUUUAUUUGGGUUAAAAAUGAAAACAAAGUCAUUAUUGAGUCAGGGGAGGAAAAUCUGCCGGAAAAUACAGUGUUCCUCCUUGAAAGGCUUGUGAUAAGAAUUCACACUCAGAGCUCUUGGGUUUCAAAUUGGAGGAUGCAUGUUAUACGCCAGCUCAUUUACAUCCGACACCAUCAUCGCUGAAAGUAGUAGAGCCGAAGACCUGACCCCAGAUUUCCACUAUGACUUUGACAGAGUAGCAUAAAAGAGAAGCCUUUCCCCUUAAACUGAGUUUUAGCCAGAUAGCUCGUGAUAUUCGGCCUCAUAGUCACAUAGAGCUGCUGUAGAUGUUGUGGCAGAGACACAUCUGUAUGUACUGAUUCAGGAUCAGGUAAAUCAUGUGUGUCAGAAUUAUUGUAAUGUUAAGAAGAGUUUGCUGACUUGUAAUUCAGCAUUUAUGUAAGCAAACUGCCUGUUAUAGAACCUGAGUCUCUUAUUACUCAGCAAGGACCUCAGCUGCUUUUUAAAGUGUUCAAAUAGUUCUCUGUUAAAAUCAACCAUCUGGUCAUUCUUACUAGAUAACAUUGUGACUUAAAACAUGGUGAAUUGUAAUCUGACUUUUGUUAA